AUGGGCACGCCGUCGCCUGAACAGCAGCGACCGGUGCAAUCUUCAGCAGAUUUCCGGUUGUAUGGGGGUCCGAAGGCACUGGAGUAUAGCAGCAUCGGGUCGAAGCUGCUGCAAAUGGCAACGUCGAGUGUCUGA